UUCAGUAUCAGACGACUUAAAAAAAAAUCAAACACGCGAACGAAGUUCUGCUACCAGCAGUACCAGCACAGUUUUUAUCUUGUAGAGAACUACAAAUAUCAUGGCGCCUAAGGGUAAAGUAGCAACGAAAGGUCAGAAACAGAUUGCAGAGGAGAACAAACAAACGCUGAUCUAUUACCGUAACAUCAUGUUUGGGGCAAGUGCUGCGUAUGUCGUCGUUCGUCUUCUAUGGUGGCUAGAAUCCUUUACGUGGCUACACUGGCUGUUGUUGAUAUUUGCAUCUUCUGUGUACUUCGGCUGUUACCAGUUUAUGGCCUUCAUGGCCAAGGCUAAAUACUCAUCAACAGGCUCAGUAGUGGACGGAGGUGUAGACCUAAACAUGGAGAAUGGCAUGGCUGAGCAUGUGAAAGAUAUUCUACUCGUUACGGCAGUCAUCCAAGUGCUAAGUAUCAUGACAGACUACUUUUGGCUCCUCUGGCUGGUUAUUCCAGGCCGAGCUUUUUACCUUCUCUGGACAACUAUUCUUGCUCCGUGGUUUUUUGCUCCUGCUGCGGAGGUCGACGAUAAGAAACAAAAGAAAAUGGAACGCAAAAUGCAGAGAAGAUGAUAAAUUGUUCGUUUUUAAUUUCAGUUUAUUAUUUCAAAAAUGUCUCCAGAUGUUGUAUGGCUCAUUCAUGUGUUAGUGUGAAAAUAUUAAUAUAAUAAUCUUAAAAAAAGUUUUUAUAUUGCAUCUAUGGGUGUAUCAAAGCGCUUAUAUUAAGCGCAAAGGUAUUAGAAAUGCUGGGGCUUUAUUACAUAGUGUCUGGUAAAGGUUGACCGUUGUGGUGCAGUUAGCAACAAGCCAUCGUUGGGGUGAGCCUCUCUUGACAUCAAAGUCGGGUCAUAUAAGUUUGUUUAUACUCGGGCCCCUUGAGUACCUUGUUUGGUAGAUACGUGCGCUAUAUGAGACUUUGAUAUUAUAUAUAAUAAUGUGAAACACUACACAUAAAGUGAACCUAUUCUUUCUGGAGGACGAAUCAUAAAUUGUGGUGACAUUACCUUCGGAUUGGAGCUUUGGGUUGUAAAAGGGUUUAUUUUGAGAUGAAUUAUUGUUUACAAAACAAUAGAAUACAUGUAUAAUGAUUCAAACAAAUGUCUCUCAAAAUAAUUUUUAUGUGGUUUUCCUUUUACUUCAUAAACUAACACAAUCCGCCACUGUAGUAACACAUUUUCGACUACACAACUUUACGGACCUUGUACAUAGGUCAUGCAAUAAAAGGAAGAAAAUAUACCACGUCAGCAGGAAUGGUAUAGUGAUUAGAGGCUUGGGGCGGCUUGGAGCCCGUGUCGCAUGCAAUUAUGUCCUCUAUGCAAUACUAUUCGGAGGACUGUCCGCUGCAUAAUGCAAUUAUGUCCGC